CACUGAUCAUCAGUGCUCUGAUUAUCAAUGCUCUGAUUAUCAGUGCAGCUCGAGAGGAAAGCUGGUAAUCGGCAUUCCUCAAAGGGUACAUGUACACUAAUCAUCAGGGCACUGAUGAUUAGUGUGCCCUGAUGAUCAGUGUAGCCCCAGCACUGCCACCUGUCAGUGUCCAUCAGUGCCAGCUCAGUGCUUAUCCAUGCCACCUGCCAGUGCCGAUCAGUGCCACAUAUCAGUGCCUACCAGUGCACAUCAAUGCCACAUAUCAGUGCCCAUCUGAGCUGCCUUUCAGUGUCACCCAUCACUGCCAGUCAGUGCUGCCAAUCAGUGCCACCUAUCAGUGCCAGUCAGUGCCAACUAUCAGUGCCGCCUAUCAGUGUGCAUCAGUG